AUGGAACCUGCACCCAAGAAAGGCACACGUAAGGGGAGAUAUAGAAAACGUGCACAUAAAGUAGAUGCUAUCAUAGAAUUGUAUCGUGAUGACAGACAAGAUAAACAGAUGUAUGCAGCAAAUAUCAUUCAGAGAGCCUGGAGAAGAUGGCUGGAUGUUGGUGUGUUCGAGUACUAUAAAGAACUAAUAGGCUUUAAGCAAUGUGGAGACCCUUCCCAUCUGAUGAGGUACAUUGAUCCUAGAGAGGCAGAAUUUUUAGAUGCUGCAGCAGGGGUUCAUAUCCGAUUUAGACUAGGUGGGACAAAGUUUCCUCCAAGCAUAUAUUACAAAAUAUUUACUCAUAGACCCAUUGUGGAUAUGUGUGCUCAUAGUCCCAAAGACUACGCAAAGCUUGAAGUCAAAAGAGGGCAAAGAGGAAAAUUCCAGAAUACCAGCUCCGAGGAUCAUAGCGACUGGUACAAACGCAUAGAGAAUAAUGGCUGGAGACUUCUUUCCCUCAGGUACUGGAAGGCCCUGGACCCUGUAACUGCUAAUGACAACAUCACAACUAAGGAAUUCCACUGCCACAAGAUACUGAAGAAACAAGAAAUGGAAAAACGAAGAAAAAGGAGAAAAAUAGAAUGGCUGAAAAAAAUGUACUUUGGGAAAAGCCUUCAAGUCAAAACUAUGGAUGCAGCUGCAACAGUGUUAAUUCAAAGAGCAGCAGAAGGGUUAAUCACCUCUCUGGAGAAUGAAGGAAUAGAAGCAGUGAUGGAAUGGGAAGUGGAUGAAAUGUUAAAAUGGACAAAUGCACUCAACUAUGAAGAAUAUGUUAAACAAUGGAAACAAAUUGGAACAAGCAAGGUUUCUGACAGCUACCAAGGUUUCCGGUUUAGUGACCAACUCGUUGAACUUGACUUGUCUCGGAUACCAGAGGCGUUCCACGAAAUAGUGAAAUCUCAUAUGAAAAAGGAUUUUAAAAAAGGGCUAGUACCAACGCAUGCCUAGUACAAUUGAAGACAGAGUGGAGUGGAAAACACAAACCUAACAACUGUAGAAUAAUCAACUAUAGUAGUAUCAAAAUAAAGUGUCAGGAGACAAAUUUAGGAAAACAAGCUGGAUGUAGAAAGAAGUGUUUGUAUUGUUGUCUGCCUUGUCACAUUAAAACAUACUCUAAAUGACUUUUGGAGUUAAGAUCUAGCCAUAACGUCAUGGUGAACCACUUUGA